AUGUCUUACCUGGUUACACGAGCUCGUGACUCGGCCUUUGAAGGGAUGUUGAUUGGAGGUGUUGUGUUCGAUGCGACGUUCUGUAAGAAAAUGACACUUCAGACUCCCACAAUCGCGGAAGUACGAGCAUCCUCUGAGGUGCUUAGCACCCCUGGUGCGUCGGCUACUGUUGUGAAAGUUGGCGAACACUUCGCAGUCAAGUUCGGUCGCACCGUCACUCUUCAAGAAGCUGAGAACCUCCGAUUCAUGUCAGCAGACAGCAAAGUUCCCGUACCCAAAUUCUACAAAACAAUGGCUGAACCAGAGACUGGAAUCAACUUCAUCGUCAUGGAGUACAUCGAUUCCAAGACCCUGGCAGAGCAGUGGCCGUCCCUUGAAGCUUCCGAGAAGCUAGAGAUUGCCGACCAACUUCGUGUCAUUCUGCAGGACUUGCGCAGCCUUGAGCCACCCUCUUAUCUGGGUUCUCUCAACCGAAAGCCCCUCCAAGAUAGAAUCUUCUUGACUCCAGAACAGAACGCAGCCACGUCCGGUCCUUUUGAUACCGAGGAUGACCUCAACGAAGGUAUACUCAAGCGGCUAUCAGAGAAUGAGUCCCAGGAACAUGUCGCAUUCCUGCGGAAACUCAUGAUCGAGACAUUGCAUGAUCACCAAGUCAGAUUCACUCAUGGGGAUCUGCAAGCCAAGAAUAUUCUUGUCAAAAAGAUUGAGUUGGGUGAAUCCAAAAGGUUUGAGAUCAAACUUAUAGACUGGAAGAUCUCAGUUAAGAGGACGGUCAUUUCUAAUGGACAGGCUAGUCCAUACUGGGUUUAUAUUAGCAGGUGUGUUUUACAAUUUUGUAACGUGCAACAGUAG